CAGGUGACCGAUUUCUAACCCUCCUCCCGCUGUCUACACUCAACAGGACAUGUAGCUAAUCUGAUGGUUCUCUUGGUCUUGGGGGAGAUGCGACCCACGACCACGAUUUAAGUUUGACCAUGGAUGCCCAUUCGCCUUCGCCUGUAUCGAGUAGGAUCGAAGCAAAGGAGAGAGGAUGUACGAUAGGUCCGGAACGGCGACAAGGACUCCGGCCCAGUGCGGACCACCGGCGACCGCGAGGGCGCUCUCUGCUGGGGCACGGGAAAGCAAAUAAGUGAGUGAAACAAGGUCGUGUGAAAAAACAGGAAGCCCGUGUUAGUUUCAAUGGCUUCUUCAAAGCUUCAAGCUUUUUGGAACCAUCCUGCUGGCCCCAAAACCAUUCAUUUUUGGGCUCCAACAUUUAAAUGGGGUAUCAGCAUUGCGAACAUUGCCGAUUUCGCCAAGCCACCUGAAAAGAUAUCCUAUCCUCAGCAAGUUGCUGUUGCUUGCACUGGAAUCAUCUGGUCACGCUACAGCAUGGUCAUUACACCGAAAAACUGGAACCUUUUCAGUGUAAACGUUGCAAUGGCUGGCACAGGCUUGUAUCAGCUUUCCCGUAAAAUAAGGAAAGACUACUUUGCAGAUGAGAAAGAGGUUGCCGCAUCGCUGGAAGGAUAGUGAUGAACGGAUUAAUCGACUGAAAGCCCCACUGCCUCAAAUUCAGUGUGCCGCAGCGAUGUGUCGUUUCAUCUGAGACAGGAAUCCAUCAUUUCUUUCCAUGUCCGAAUUGGUUUGUGUCGCUCAGUUGCACCCAUGAAAGAAGCAUUGUGAAAAUUUACACAAACAAGCAAAUGUUUGUUUAUGGCUUUAUGCACUGUGCAAAAAAAAAAAAACAUCCAAAUACAUCAA